AUGGAUUCUCUCUUUCUCCUCAACGAUGCCGGAUCCUUCCUGCUCGAAAAACACUAUCGUGGUCGUGUCGGCCGAAUUGCCUGCGAGCCGUUGCUGCAGCAGCUGCAGCAGCAUGGUCCUAAGGCACUCCUGACAGCUCCCCGCAUCAUGAAGACGAGCGACAAUUGCGUUCUGCUGCACAUACACCGCGAAAAGCUGCUGUUGGCGGCUGCCUGCACCUCGGAGGCUGAACCGCUUUUGCUGCUGGAGACGCUGCAGCAACUGUACGAUCGGAUUUGUCGGUAUUGCUGCGAGGGCAGCUCCCUGACCGAGGAAGCUGUGAGGAGGAAUUUCAGUGCGGUGUAUGUGUUGGUGGACGUGGCUGUCGACUGGGGGUAUCCGUUUAUUUUGGAGGAGAACCUUCUGCAGCUCCUGCUGCAGCCUUCUUCAGUCGUCGCUAAAGCCAUGCAGCUCGUGCAAGGCUCAUCGCGGAUGCUGACCUCGUUGGCUGCCUCGGUUGGUUUGGGAAAUCAGCAACCAGCAGCUAUCCAGAAUGCUCCCGAGAUGGUUGCAGGAGCUGGCUUGGGAACGGGGAGCGGCCAUGGGGAAGGCAGCGGUCUUAGUGGAAGCGGCUCAGACUGCUGGUGGCGCAGGGGGGCUGUCAACUACGCCUCAAAUGAGGUGUACGUGGACCUCAUCGAAAAAAUCUCGGGAGUUGUUGACAGCACUGGCCAGAUGCUGAACUCCUCGAUCACAGGACGGAUCAUGAUGAAUUGCAGACUGAGCGGCAUUCCUGAACUCUGUCUGUCGAUUCGGCAGCCCGAGGCUCUGCAGCACGCAGCCUUCCAUCCCUCCAUCAGGUUGCAGCGCUUCCAACGUGACGGCGUCUUGUCUCUUUGCCCUCCCGAUCGAGAAUUUUGUUUGGCGAGUUACUGGCUACGAAACAAGAACUUCCUACUGCCUAUCUCUGUCACUGGCUGCUUGAGCUUCCCACGCAGCACCGCCGGAGCAACUGGGGGCCCAGCAGCGGCAGCAGCUGCAGCAGCAGCAGGAGGAGACUCUACAUCUGCUGCAUGCUUUCCCGCUAAGGCGCUCAGUGGCUGUCUCCGCCUUAAACUGACCGCUCACAACCCGCGUGGCAUCGCGUCAGCGGCUACAGCUGCAAGCGGUGCCGUGGAAAAUGUUGUUGUCCAAAUACCCCUCCCAGCGUUUGUAGGGGCAGCCAGCCUUACAGCCGCUUCAGGCUCCAUUCGCUUGGUGCCUGCCAAACAGCUGAUCGUGUGGGAGCUGCCAGCCGUGCCGUUCGACUCCCCGCCCCAAACGGCAGAGGGCACGGUUAGCCUAGUCACUGAUGAGGGGCAACGUGAGGACGUUACGGCUCCACACGAGACGCGCUUGGUGGCGCAGGUGAACUUUCUUGUUAAGAAUUGGGUGCCCUCGGGUCUCAAGCUCGAGUCCUUGGACGUCUCGGGUGUUACCGCGCAGCCAUAUAAGGGCUGCCGAUGCGGCACUGUUGCAGGUGCGUUUUCUGCGUGUCGCUAUCGCUGCUUCUGUUCUGCUCGCGUUGUCGUGUAA